AUGAAAAGCGAGGAAAAGAGCAAAGAGAAGAGCAAAGAAGAAAAGAAAAACAUGCCUGAGAAAAAAGAAGAAGAUCUUUUUGCCGAGAAAAAAAUAACAGUAAACAAGAAAGAGAUCCCGGAGAACAUACAGGCAGAGGUUGCAGACAUGUGCCUGAACGCAGAAGAUAUCAAGAACCCAGAGAAGUAUGCAGACAUAGCCACAAAGCUGAAAAAAAAGCUGGAUAAGAAGUUCGGCGAUGGGUGGAACGUAAUAAUCGGGGACAACUUUUCAGGGUCGUGCUCUGUGGCCAAGAACAACUUCCUGGAAAUAAGCAUAGCAAACGUGCGUGUUCUUGUGUUUAAGUCCAGUGCCCAUGUCUCUUCAGAGAGUGGUAAAUAG